ACCACCGAUAAAAGUCAGUAUUGUCCUUUAAUCUCCAUGCACUGGUCAUAAUACCCACUGAUCGGCAAUGAUAGAGCCACUAUUGUCAUUAAACUAAUAAUAUGUUACGUGUACUAUUCAUAUUAUCCACUGAUGAUCAGUGAGAGCAAAAAAAUACCCACCAAUUUUUCAGAUAAGUGUAUCACUGUUCACUUUGGGGACUGAUUGGUUUAUGGUGGCUAAUAAAAGGGUGCUAUUGGGGAAAUUUGUAGUAGUGAAAGCAGGCCCGCGAAGAUGUAACUGCUUGAAGGGGACUAGAACGAUGUGCCGGUCGCUUGAGACGAUGUCAUUAAUGAAGGUUGCAUCCUUUCAUUUGCAAAACGCCUUUCUGUCGUAUCGUUUCCCUCACAAAAUUCCUUAUUUAAACCCACGGCCGCGAGACCUGUCACAUCAGAAACCCUUCUAGUCUCUUAAACCCAGAAAAAUCCAUUUCUUCCGCUACCUCCUUCGCAGAAACCCAUAAAUGGCUCCCCCAAAGAAAAUAGUCAUCGAUCAAGAGGAAGAGUUAAACGAAAAAGUUGCCCACACUUGGGGAACCAACAUCGGUGUCCGCAUUCGUCUCCAAACACCUAUCCAUCUACCCCUGCUCCUUCGAUUCUCCGACCAUCAAACCGGACUGGGUCCAGCACCACAAGAUGCUAUUCCAGCCGACGCUAUUGCUCUCUACGGCCUACCAGUCCGUCGGCCCAUUCCAGUCCUCCGAAGGACUCCUGGAGAUUUCAUUAGCUGGGGCGCCCAAAACCAUAGAGCCAAAAUAGGGCAUUGGCCGUCCUCCAUUAGUGCAGCAGAGACCUCUUGGUAUCGCGCAACGCGGGUGCGGGAUCUGGCUCGCUGGAACGCAACAGGUAUCAAGCAUACUAUCGACCUAUGUUUCAAACUUCCUCGCGGUGGCAAUCGCUAGCCACUCGCUGCUUUCCUUUGUUUCUGGAAUACCGCCACCAACACAUUUGACUUCAGAUUUGGUCAAAUAAGUAUUACUCUGUUAGAUAUUCUCGCCAUCACUGGCCUGCCCACCGAUGGUGAACCCUAUGUGCAUGGUCAAUUCGAUUCUGUCAACUUCACCUCGACCAUGGCCCAGCAUGGUCGAAGCACCCACAGCGGCUCCUACCUGCGAUGGUUGGCGAAUUACAGCCGGGAACACAAUGCGACCGGCGGAAUCGCCUUUCUGGAGUAUUGGCUCUGUAAGUUCAUAUUCUGCACCUCUUCCUGCAAGCCCACUGGUACUUGGACUCUCCUGGCGACGACCCUCUACAACGGCCGCAACAUCGGGCUUGGGCAACCAGUGUUAGGAGCUCUCUACCGCAUGUUAUACCAGGCCACAAUGCAUCCAUUUGAGACUAGCAUGUCUGGCCCCUUUUGGAUUUUGGAUUUCUGGAUCCAAACUUACUUUCCAUUCUUCCGCCGCGAUGACAUCCCGCUACUCCCACCGGCCGACCAACUCUUGGGUCGGUGGUUCAGCCGCGAGGGAAGGUACUCAUCCCCCCUUACUCCGAGUGUUUUUCUUACCUGUACCUUUUAAAUGAGAUGUCGUACUGCGUCAUAAUUUUGGGUAGAAGAUUCCCCUCUUUACUUGAAUAUGGCUUUCUUCCCGGCGAUCCUCGCUACACUGAUCGCGAACGCUUGGCCUUUCGCCGCGCGAUCUCCUGCUCAGACAUCAGGAUCGCUGCCGAGGAACUCAACUACGAGCUUUACGCUCCUAAUCAUUUUGCUCGCCAAUCCGGCCUUGUCCAAUUGGUGCCAUUCCCUCUAUACGACGCCUGGAACUACAACACUUCCUGGCGCAGAUUCGGGCCCCCUCUCGGACCUGUACCGGCCAAAGUAUGCUCGCGCUGGUUGAUCUUCCUGAUUGGGCUCAGGCCAUCGACGCCGUGGACGGGACUGAAGAAGGAUACGAGACAUGGUGAGAAGAGGUUUCCGUCAAUUGCUGGACUCAGCAGGACGACGAACUCUUCGCAACACUCUUUGGAGAACUGAAAAACCCCUAUCCUGUCGAUGUUGAAAUGCUCGCUCGCUUCCCUGAGGAUGCGACACGAUCCCAGCCUCUUCCGGUGACACAACCGACGCGAGCUCCUCGCCCGGUCCAGGCCGGUAUUGUAAUCCGCGAGCCCCCUCUGGAGGGAACUACGCCACGUUCUGGCGCUCGCACAAUUCGUGCUUCCCCGGCCGCUGGCCAGUCUGGAAAGCAGAAGGCGGUGCUUGCAGAGCCUGAAGCUGAAGAUUCUUCCUCUGACGAUGAUAAUCCGCAAACUCUGCUUUGGCUCGCAAGUGCAACCGCACGGACCCUCGCACUGACCCAUGGGAAGAUGAUGAGCCACUCGCUGAUCGAUUGGUUCAUCGCCGGUCCUCCGGACACGCUGGGGAAGGCUCUUCGGCUGCUGGUGAAGGAACAACUGCCCCGUAGGCUCAAACACUUACGGUUUCUAGUAAUCUCCCACCUCCCGCCAGCAACGCGAGUGAUGUGCAUUUGGUUUUGAUUCCGGUGCAGGUCAUAGACAAUAGUUCACCCGAGCUGGAAGAAGGAAUAGCCCCUUCAGACUCGCCGCCUGAGGAACCGAUCUCUGCACAACCCCUAACGCAGGUAGCGCUUAAUCCCAUUCCUGAUGAAGCAACUCAAGAGCCUGCGCCGAUAGCAAUCCUGCACGAGCCUCUGUCCACAGAGGUACACUUUUUCUUGAACAAAAGGCCUCAGUCCUUAUUUUAUUUUCUGUGUACUCUAAUAAGCCCUCCUUAACCACAGAAUCCUGAUCCUGUCAGGGAAACAGCUACCGCUGCGGAGGUACCUGUCGCCGAUCCAGCGGACCCCAUAUGUGGAAAUAUGGUGAUCCAGGAGCCUGCCCCCCAUGUCCCUGAAGUGGGAGAAUGAGCGAAUGUCGAACCGGAGCCAGAAGCGGUCCCUGUUAUAGAGCCUCAAGAGGCCCCUACUGCUGCUGAUGCUGAUGUUCUAUUACGCGAGCCUCCUUCCAGGCUGGAAAGGCUUGUUCGCGUACUCGAACUGACUCCUCCAGGAGUUAUAGAUGAAGCGAGAGAUGGGUUACAGCGACUUCUGAGUCCCGAGAUCCUACUACCGGGUGCGUCCGCCAGAGCUCAGGAAUACUUGAUGGUUCUCCGCCACGAGCGAACUAUUACUGAGGCUGAGUUCACCGAGAUAUAUAAGCUAUUACAAAACCUUCCUGAGCCGAUCAAUGAACGAACGACCACGACCACACAAGAGAGGCAAGCUCAGGCCCACUAUCAAGGCCUUGCACAACAGACAGAGACAUCUCGCGACUUCUUGGGCGAUAGAGCUAUCCUUGUUAGAGACUUGCGGAUUACAUAGAACCAUCUUCGGACUCAAAUCCAGGAACUGCAAGCCCAGUUGACUGCGGUGACGGCCCAGCUUGAGCAUGAGGAGCCUCUGCUAGAGCAACCCCAAGAGGCCUUCGAAGCAAUGUCCCAAAACUUAGCUCAGGCUCUUGAAGCGGCCCGACAAGAGGAGCGAGCUGCUGCCGACGCUAGUUUUCGUCUGGAUGAACACUUACUUCGCCUGA